UUGCCGAUCCGAGCGCGUCCGUAGGGUGGGCCGGGGGCCGAGCACCUGGGGACACGGGUGCGCCCCAAAGUGCCAGUUACAGAUCCGAGAAGGUUCCCGGCAAUCGGGGUGUCUCUGUCUUCUUAGGUUCACGUUUUUGUUUCGUUUCGCCCUUCUUUCCCUAUUUGCUGUUUCUCAAAACAUUUUUCUCUCGCCUCUUUGAAUUUCUGACUGAACCAUGGCGACAACUGCUGCUGCUGCCUUUGAGGCCCUCAUGGAUGGAGUGACAAGCUGGGAUGUCCCUAAAGGCCCCAUCCCCAGUGAACUCCUUCUAACUGGAGAGGCUGCCUUCCCGGUGAUGGUGAAUGAUCAGGGCCAGGUCCUCAUUGCUGCGUCCUCCUAUGGCCGAGGCCGCCUGGUGGUUGUGUCCCAUGAGGGCUACCUGCUGGACGCCGGCUUGGCCCCAUUUCUUCUCAAUGCAGUGGGCUGGCUCUGUCCCUCUCCUGGGGCUCCCGUUGGAGUGCACCCAUCCCUGGCAUCACUAGCAAACAUCCUGCAGGGCUCUGGGGUCGGGGCACAGAUUCAGCCAGAACCGAGAGGACCCCUGGGGGUUUAUUGCAUCAAUGCCUACAGUGACACCAUGACUGCAGAGCUGAUCCAGUUUGUGAAGCGUGGAGGGGGCCUGCUCAUGGGGGGCCAAGCCUGGUAUUGGGCCAGUCAGCAUGGUCAUGACAAGGUGCUGUCCAAGUUCCCAGGGAACCAGGUGACCAGUGUGGCUGGGGUGUACUUCACUGAUACCUGUGGGGACAGAAGCCGGUUCAAGGUCUCUAAGAAGGUGCCCAAGAUCCCUCUCCUGGUCAGGUUUGGGGAGGACCUCAGGCAGGAUCAGCGGGAGCUCCUGGAAGGGAUCUCAAAGCUGGACAUCAAGGCAGGGGGAAUCCCCUCCCAGCUGCUGGUGCAUGGGGCCCUGGCCUUCCCCCUGGGCUUAGAUGCCUCUCUCGGCUGCUUCCUGGCAGCUGCCCGCUAUGGCCGGGGCCGCGUGGUUCUGGCUGCCCACGAGGGCAUGCUCUGUACGCCCAAGAUGGGGCCCUUUUUGCUCAAUGCUGUGCGCUGGCUGGCCAGAGGCCAGACGAGCAAAGUUGGGGUGAACGCAUGUCUAAAACAUCUGUGUGCCCUGCUGUCAGAGCAUGGCCUGGAAUGCUGUCUGGAGCCCCACCUGACUGCUGACUUGAGUGUCUACUGCUGUGUGGCUUACAGUGACAAGGAGGCUAAGCAGCUGCAGGAGUUUGUGGCUGAGGGUGGGGGCUUGCUGAUCGGGGGCCAGGCCUGGUGGUGGGCCUCCCAGAACCCCGGCCGCUCCACUUUGGCUAGUUUCCCUGGUAACAUCAUACUCAACUGCUUUGGCCUCAGUAUCCUAGCUCGGACUCUGGACCCAGGCUGUUUCCCUGUCCCUACCCCUGAGAAGCAGAGCUACCACUUCCGCAAGGCACUGUCUGAAUUCCAGCUUAUCGUGAAGCAUGGGGGUGGGACCUUGGAAAAGAGCUGGCUGGCGAAACUGGGAGCAGAUGGGGCAGGCUUCCUGCAGAUCCCCGCAGAGGGGGUCCCUGCUUAUGCCUCCUUGCACCGGCUCCUGAGGAAGAUGCUGCAUCUGUCGGGCCUCCCAGCUGUGAGCAGGGAAAACCCAGUUGCCAGUGACUCCUAUGAGGCUGCACUGGUCUGCCUGGCCACGGAGCUGGCACGCUCCGGCACAGACUGCUCUCAGCUGGCACAGGGGCUUGGAACCUGGUCUUGCAGCUCCAGUUCGUACCCCUCAGAACACGCCAUCACAGUGGAGAUUGAUGGAAGCAACCCAGGCAGCGGUGAUUCCUGGGUGAGUACAGGGCUCUACCUCCCAAAUGGACAAAAUGCAGAAGUCUCCUUGUCUGAAGCUGCAGUCUUUGCUGGCCUGAAGGUACAGAUUGGCUGCCACACCGAUGACUUGACGAGUGCCAGCAAGCUGUCUCGAGCCCCUGUGGUGACUCUCCAGUGCUGCAUGGACAGGACCAAACGGUCAAUCUCCUGCCUCUGGGGUGGCCUUCUCUAUGUCAUCGUGCCCAAGGGCAGUAAACUGGGCCCCGUGUCCGUCACCAUCAAGAGGGCUGUGCCUGCCCCAUAUUACAGGCUGGGUAAGACAUCCCUGGAGGAGUGGAAGAGGCGUAUCCAGGAGAGCACAGCUCCCUGGGGAGAGCUGGCCACGGACAACAUCAUCUUGACGGUGCCAACUGCAGACCUCCAGGCCCUGGAGGACCCCGAAUCUUUACUCCACCUCUGGGAUGAGAUGAUGCGGGCUAUAGCCAGGCUGGCAGCCCAGCCCUUUCCUUUCCUCCGUCCAGAGAGGAUUGUUGCUGAUGUGCAGAUCUCGGCCGGCUGGAUGCACUCAGGAUACCCUAUCAUGUGCCACCUGCAGUCAGUGCAGGAGCUCAUCAGUGAGAUGGGCAUGAGAAGCAGAGGUCUGUGGGGAGCCAUCCACGAGCUGGGCCACAACCAGCAGCGGCACGGGUGGGAGUUCCCCCCGCACACCACCGAGGCCACCUGCAACCUCUGGUCAGUCUAUGUGCACGAGACGGUCCUCGGCAUCCCCAGGGCUCAGGCCCACCCAGCUCUGAGCCCUCCAGAACGAGAGAAAAGGAUCAAAACACACCUGGGAAAGGGAGCGCCCCUGAAUGACUGGAAUGUGUGGACAGCUCUGGAAACGUAUCUAAAGCUCCAGGAGGCCUUUGGAUGGGAGCCAUUCACCCAGCUCUUUGCUGAGUACCAGACCCUCUCUGGCAUCCCCAAAGACAACACUGGCAAGAUGAAUCUGUGGGUGAAGAAGUUCUCUGAAAGGGUACAGAAGAAUCUGGCUCCUUUCUUUGAGGCCUGGGGCUGGCCUGUCCAGAAGGAAGUGGCUGCGAGUCUGGCCUGUCUGCCUGAGUGGCAGGAAAACCCCGUGCAGAUGUACAUCCAGACUGAGGACUAAAAGAUGUGCACCAAGGGGUGUGUGUGUGCGGAAGGGGGGGUGAUCACCCACCAACUCUGCCACCCUCUUUCUUGCCUAGUGUACCUUGAGGCUGAAUCCUGCUUCCUACCUGUCCUCAGGAAGGCCUUUGAGGUUCUAAGACAAAAUGAGCCCAACUUCCUCAGGAAAGUGCUGCUAUGCUUCUUUUAUUGUUUCUCUGCUUGCACUCUUGGUCUCAUCAAGAGACUUGCUUCACCAUCCUCAUCCUCCAGAAGAGGAUGUUUCAUCUUGGCAUCUUGAGUUUCUGCAGGCUCUUCACUUCUAUUUAUGACCGGUAGUUCUAAAGACCGCGGAUUCCAUUAUAAUCUGAUAUCACCCCAGCCAGGCCUGAACAAAGCUCUUAACUUCUGCUUUGAGAAGCUUUCUAACAGCAAGCGAGACAGGCUGGUAUAAUGGAGAGAGCCCUGAACCAGCUUUGGUUCUAUGGAAAAUCACUAAACUCUGUCUGCAUCUGGAUUCUUAUCCAUGACAUGGGAUAAAAAUCUGUUGUUUGAUGAUGGUGAACGUCUUUGAACACAACCUGCGUACGCAUAUGAGGGAGCUCUUCAGCUUUCACCAGGCCCCAGAGUAGCCCGUCCGCCCACCUUCAUGCGGACACAACCUGAAAACCGAAUCUCCCUUCCGAGUCAACCUCCUUGAGGUUAGCAUUCAGUCCCUGUGUGAGAGGAUUUAGUGAACACCGGUGUUGUUCCCAGACAUGGUAUCAAUGAUAGUCCUCAAGAUCCUAGCCCAUCCCAUGUGUCCUUUCCUCUGCCUCUGGAAAGAUUCCUGGGUAUAACCUAACCCCAAGAAUGUGGUAUGAACUCAAACUGGAGGUUACAAAGCUGUUGGGGUUUGGACUUCUUGGUUAGUUUCAUCUUCGAGAACAUCUGCUUCAACCAAAGGAAAAAAUCAUUCCAGCAACCCUACCAACUUCAUAAGCCCAUUGGUUCUUAGCACAAAACAGGUGUCUGACUCCUCUGGUCACCUUGGGAUCAAGGCACUGUCAGUUAUCGACAGCUACUGUGCUGAGAGGGCCAUGGCCAGGACAGGCUCCAGUGGAAGAGGAUUCCUGAGUGCAGCAGACAGAGUUAACCCAUACUCACUUAUUACCCCACAAACCAGCAUCCCCAAGCUUUCUCAUAAUCUCAUUCCAACCCGUCCCGGCUCUUUGGCUAGGUGGCAUUUCAAUUAGAGACGCAUCCUCAGGAUUAAUGGGGUGUACAUCUACCCAUUUUCCUCUAGCUUGCUUUUAAACCAUAUUUUUGUUGUUUUCAAUAUCAUUCCAUUAGCUUUGUUGAGCAUAGAGAGACUCAGGUGGAGAACUAAUCUAGGGAAUGUCUUUCUCUGAAUCCCAUCAGCACAUCCUUCUCCCAAUUCUAGGAUAAUUUCCUUUUAUUUCACUAGUGUCCUUCAUCAGGUGCUUUUCACAUGAAAAGUACUCAGUAAAUAUUUGUUAACUGAAAGAACAGUAAAGACACCUAACACAAAAUGAACAGUCUUUAUGUCCCAGACAUUGUGUGAGGUAUUUCCUAUGAGUUAUCUUACAGAAUCUGAGGUUGGUGCUAUUAUUAUCCCAUUUGAUAGACGAGAAAAUGAACACUUAACGAUAUUAAAUAGCUUCUGAAGUCACAAAGCUAAUAAGAGGAAGAGUCGGGGCUUGACUGAAGCCCACAGCAAUGAAAAAAUUGUAGAGCUUUUCUCCAAGAAUGAUUUUCAAUUUAGACACAAAUUCACCGAGAAAAUGGAAGUUCAACAAAGUUCUGACUUAUGCCAUGUUCACUAUUGAAUUUUUAUUAAAUAUAAAAUUUAACCUCUAAGAAGAUAUUGGCACUUGAUUUUCUGGUUGUCUCAGCAUGUGAUUAGCUUCCCUAUAGGUAGAGAAAGGAUUUGAACCCAGGCAAUUCAACUCCAGAACUGGUGUUCUUAUCCAUGAUGCUAGGGAUGAGUAAAUGAAUGGAUAAUGCUGGGUUUAAGAGGUUGCCAUAGAGACAAAGACAAAACCUGACUUUUCCCCACAUUCUCUGUAGUGGAAGUUGGAGCCCUUCUCCCUCUUACAGAGAGACUGUGGCUCUGCCACUUGUUUCUAAGUUCAGAAUUAAUUGCGUGUAACUGCGACACUCUCAGAGUAUUCUGUGUUCCAGAGCAAACGUGCUCCGAAGGAUGUCUAUGCAGGUCCGGUGAAUCAUCAAUAAAUGCCACUUGCCAGGAACUGUUAUAAGUGCUUUUUAUUUGUUUAUCCUCACAACAGUCCUAUGGAAUAAGUACUAUGACUGUCUCCAUUUUUCAAAGAAAGAAGCAGAGAUACAGGGGUAGCAAGUGGUGAAACCACAUUUCCGUCCCUGGAAGUUGGACUCAGGACCCACACUUUAGCCAGCAUACUAUAUACUACUGUAUAUUACAUUACUGGGUCUGCCACAACCUGCAGCUCUACUUGCAUGGAACUAUGUGUAUGGCUACUGUAUCACAAAAUGACCACAUAAAAACUACUAAAAACCAAACAGAUUAUUUCUAGUUACCCAAACAGGAAUUAUUUAACCAUAAGGGUCAUGCAUCCAAGGCACACAUCCCUCAAUACCAAGACCCUGCCCUACCAAGUCUGAAAGGUUUUAAAGAUCCUAUGCUUCAAAUAACAACUUCGUGGAGUCCUAGAGGAAGCUUGUCUUAACCUCAGGGCUUGUAUCCAAGUGUCCUUUGCUCAUUCUUAAAGAUACCCAAACAUCCAUCCUCAUGUCUAAGACUGUUAUUAGACAAAGGAGCCCAUGCAUUCUUACAGGUUACUAGAUCCAAUAUCUGAAAUAUCCAAAUUUCUAGCAAAUUGGAUAAUUUUCAAAGGAAAGAAAUCACCAUAGGAUACUUCAGGGAAGUAGUAAUGGCUACUUUAAAGUUUUAAAGGAGAUUAAAAAGGACUAUACCUCUAUCUUAUCCCCUGAGCACGAGAUAGCCACCAACUUAUUAGAAGAAUGGACAAUUAAUUUCAAAAAAUUAAAGCAUUAGUGGUUGGUCACACUAAAUGGAACCACAACACCUCAUACUUGUGGCAAAUAUUGUUGAAAUAAAAUAACAAGCACUUCCUAAAGGGAAUUAAAGUGAUUUUCUAUCUUGACUAAAUCUCUGGCAUUGUACAUUCCCUGAUCGCCUAUGUUGCUCUUUGUCUCCCCCUUAUGGCCACCUAGAAAACCUUACAGCUCCUGACCAUCAAUUUUAACAGUGUAAUUAUUCCCAUGGAGGCAAACUCAGUUUCUGUCUUAGUUUUAGUUUAAAAGACAUAUUCAUGUGACUCUUCCCAUGAAGAAACAGAUUGGUCAAUAUGCUCUUCACUUUUAAUAUCCAUAAAAAAAAACCACCCAAAUCAAUUUGCUUCAACUGGAAUGGAAACAAAUUCCUCUACUCUUUAGCUCAUAAUGUUGUUAAAAUGGAUUUAGAUUCUUGGCAUACAAAAGAGUUACUGCCGUUAUCAAUUACACAUAUGAAGUUUUAGUUAACACUUUUUACUAAAUUUAUGACUUUCAUAAAAUAAAUGAUUAUUAGAACAAGCCCAAGAGGCUUCCCAAAAUAUACCUUUGGGGCCAUCUAGACCACAGAGAAAUAGUCUCCCAAAAUAAACAUUACCUUUCUCUCAUUUACACUAGCUCUUCUAAGAAAGACGUACAAAGAUUAGUAGCUUUAUAACUAGCGGUAGUCCAAGAUUUGGGUAGGCUUCUCCAGCCUAAUGCUUUGGGACAUGUGUAAAUUAGUGACCUCCCACUGGGGAAAAGAAGUAGUGAGAUGUUUACAAGCUUUUCAGGUCACAGUACAGGCUGCCUUUCCAUUUGUCUCAUACCACAGAGAAAAGGAAACUUGGCCGCUUGGUGCCUCUAAGGGCCAAUUUUUGGGGAAAAAAAGCUACUCACAGAAGGACGUCAAGUGCUACAAACUACUUAUUAAAAAUUGAGUAAUGGGGCUUCCCUGGUGGCACAGUGGUUAAGAAUCCACCUGCCAAUGCAGGGGACACAGGUUCGAGCCCUGGUCCGGGAAGAUCCCACAUGCCGAGGAGCAACUAAGCCCGUGUGCCACAACUACCCACAACUACUGAGCCUGUGCUCUAGAGCCCGCGAGCCACAAUUACUGAGCCCGUGAGCCACAGCUACUGAAGCCCGCGUGCCUAGAGCCCAUGCUCCACAACAAGAGAAGCCACCGCAAUGAGAAGCCCGCGCACCGCAACGAAGAGUAGCCCCUGCUCGCCGCAACUAGAGAAAGCCCACGCACCGCAACGAAGAUUAGCCCCUGCUCGCCGCAACUAGA